UCCUAAACUCUCUCACCUCUUCAACACAAAUACUACCCAGAUUCUUUUCCAAGAAAUUGAAGAAGAAGGAAAACAAAAAUUCCAAGAGAUGAGAAAAAACCAUUUUUUAACAUUGUUACUCGGAGUCUCUUUAUCAGCAUUCUCCAUCGUAAUCUUCUUCAUUGUCUUAUUCAUCUUCUGUCGAAGAAAACAAUCAUCUGCCGAGUCAGAUCAAUACGACGUCGAAUCACCCGACUAUAACAAACAGGGAUUCUCCUCGGAGACAGAGGAGCUCGUGACAUUUCACGGCGGCGAAGAUCUCACGAUCUGCGAUAUCCUCGAUGCUCCCGGAGAAGUCAUCGGAAAAUCAAGCUACGGCACUCUGUAUAAGGCGUCGUUGCAACGGAGCGGCAAAAUUAGGGUUCUUAGAUUUCUGCGACCAGUUUGUACAGUGAGAUCGGAUUCGAAGGAGUUUAACGGCGUCAUCGAGACGCUUGGAUCUGUUCGCCAUGAGAAUCUGGUUCCUCUGUUAGGUUUCUACGCUGGAAACAGAGGAGAGAAGCUUAUGGUUCAUCCUUUCUUCGCUUCCGGGAAUCUUUCCGAGUUCAUCAGAAGUAGAGAUGACGAAUCGAUAAAAUGGAUGAACAUUCUAAGCAUCACAAUUGGAAUAUCAAAAGCUCUUGAUUAUCUUCACACAGGAAUGCAGAAACCAAUCGUCCACGGAAAUCUGAAAUCCAAGAAUAUUCUUCUGAACUCGAGUUUCGAACCUCAAAUCUCUGAUUUUGGUUUGCAUUUACUCUUAAACCGAACGGCAGGACAAGAGAUUCUUGAUGUAUCUGCAGCUGAGGGAUACAAAGCUCCUGAGUUGAUAAAGAUGAAGGAAGUGAGCAAAGAGAGUGAUCUGUAUAGUCUCGGUGUGAUCAUGCUUGAGCUAGUCUCUGGUAAAGAACCGAUAAACGAGAAUCCAACUGGCGAUGAUGAGUUCUAUCUUCCUGAUUUCAUUAGGAAUGCUGUUCUUGAUCAUAAGCUGUCUGAUUUAUACCGUCCUGAGAUUCUCAGGAGUAAUGGUAACGUGAGUGAAGAAUGUGUACUCAAGUAUAUUCAGCUUGCGAUGUCUUGUUGCUCUCCUUCUCCUUCUCUUAGGCCAAACGUGAAACAAGUCUUGGGGAAACUGAAAGAGAUCCGGAGAUGUUAGAAUGAUUUCAGAAUGAUUGAUCACAUUUGGGUUUCUGAUAGAGGAAAAGUAUCUUGUAGUAAAAGCUUUUACAUAGGAAUUGACUAUGGCACAGAAAGUAUUCGAUUUCUUUGUACGCUUCCCGGGGAGGAGUAAACUACACUUAGACGUUAGCAAGAGACUCAAAGAACUUGAAAGAUCUUUGGAAUCCGCAGAACUGAUACUAAAGAAAGAGCAUCGUAGAAUGAUGGCUCGAAACUGCAAAGUUUCUUGAAAGUCUUGUCUAUGAAGCUGUACUUUACAGUCUUGUUUGGAAUGUGAAGCAGGAUGUAUGAUUCUGCAUCCAUCUCUUCCUUUACAGUACCGAUGACAGAGAACGUGUAGAGCCGCCUAUUGGUGAAGUUUUCGGUUCUGAUCAUCUCGGGAAACGCAACUGCAAGAGGCUCUGAAUCAACAUUAUACUUCACGGACCAGCUUAAGCUGUUCUUUUCCAUUUCGUGAACAAGGAAAGUUGAAGAAUCUUGAUUUGCUCUUGACUGAUAUCGAAAGAGAGGCAAUCUCUUGAGUGGAAACCGAACCAGUGAACUGUGCCAUUCCAGAAGACUGCGUUGUCGAACGCUUUAAAGUUUAAAGGAUGAGGAGCCGGAAAAACUCUCCUUCCAAGUUCCAUCUUUGGAGGAAUAAACCUCUAUAUGUGGUAGAGGUGAUCGUCAGAGACAGAAAAAGCAGAUUUCUUGAUAAUUCUUCUGAGGCAAAAAGACUAUAGUGAGGAGAUUUAGAAGGAUGAAAGGCUAGAGAGAGACGCGAGGUCAUCAAUGAUGAUCUGAGGGAGAAGAGUAUUCUGUUUUGGUGUGGGAUUGUAAUUUGUACACAUAGUAAAUUGUGUUGAAUUGGUUAGUCUCGCAAGCGCAUCUGCAGAGGAGAAGCCCGUUGGUUGAUUGCAUUAUGAUCAUUUCGUCUAU